AUGGUCAAGGCUAUGAGAUUCCGAUGCGAAUUCGCUGAUGAAUAUGUCAUUAGCUUGAAAAAGGCCCUCCAUACCACCGGCUUCAUUCCUAGCAAAAAAAAGGUGACUAGGGUUCUACGAACCUACCGGGCUAACUACCUAUCGGCGAUCGAUUUUGUGCAUGAAUUUCGCAGUGCCUACACCAAAGCAACAGAAGAAGUCCGACUUGCCCCAGGCAUAAUCGUUUCCCUACUUCUGGAUGAAUUACAAAGUGAUAUCCUAACCUUUGUAGCUGCUAGAUUAGCAGACUAUUCCAACAGAUACGAAAAUAUCGCAAAAAUCACCGCCCUAGACCUUUUUCGAACCUUCACAGAGGCCCCUACGCUCCCUACCAAUUUCGCUAUUAUCCUCACUAUCUUCCUUAUCCUCAUCCUCAUCAACUAA